AGCCAUUGUGGCUCAAGCCAGUCUGACUCAAGCUGGUCUGGGUCGAGCCGCGCGCGGCUCCACGGACAAUGAGCCUUCAGGGGUCCCUGGCGCCGGUGGCGGCGAACCUGCCGAGGGGCUUGACCUGCAAAAACACCUUCCUGGAUCAUCCGUCGCCCUGGAUCGACUACGUCACCGUGGGAGACCGCCCCAAGUCGGAUCCCACCUCCAACGCCACAUCGUCCGCAACGCUGGAUGCCUCGGCGGCAGCAGACGGGGGAGGCCGUCCGGCGCAGGAGGAGGACGCCGAGCAGCAGUCUGACGGGAGCUCGGAGAAGGAUGGGAACGACAGCCCGGAUGGUUCGCGCAGAUCCUCAAAGCCUCAGCCGAUCGGCAGGUCACAGCGGCGUCGCAUGCAGCGGAAGGCAAAGGCGAUUCAUUUCGGGGGGGCACAGAGCACCCAUUCCGGUGCAGAGCACACUGCGGAGGACAGCUCGGACGUCACGCGAAGUGGCACCAGCACCAAGAUCUCUCUGUGAUUACCCUUGGGGCGGCGAGGGUCCCAGUAGACCGCGGCAGGCUCUCUGGCCAAGCGCCGGUUCAGGGGCGGCGGGAGGACUGGAGAGAGGAGGAGCCGCCCGGAGACACUCCUGCCGAUCCUCGACGCCGUUUCCUUACAGAGUGGCAGCUGCAUCCCAUGCCCCGCUCGCCCGCUUCUUUUGCGCGUCUUCAUCGUCGUCAGUGGUGGGGCCACCUGGAGGGCGUGAUGAGCCUGCCCGGAUGUCAGACUGGCCCAGUUGCAGCCACACGUUUUGGCACGAUGCAGGUUUUCGGAUCAUCGCCGGCGAUAUUGCUCAGUUGACCGCCGUCCUGCUCGGAUCCGCAGCAGGUUUAUAUCAAGAUGUCCUUUGCGCCCGCGUAUUCGGGUCGGCGCGCCCGGUGCGAGGCACGAGGCCCCCCGUGUUUCGCAGCACGGUGGCGGAUAUAGCAGCUGGACCUUGCAGCAGCUGCCUUCGGAUCGGGCAGGAUUGCCUCCUGCCGCGGAGAGCUACGCUGCAGAAUUGGGUCCCAUCGCCUUACAAGUGCGUACGAGCCGCAUACAUAGACAUACACAUGCUUCAUUUCGAAUUCCUCGAGGUCUCUGAUUUUUUGGGGGGCCAAGAUCCUGUCUCUUCUAGUUGUUCUAUCCUGGGCCUCCUACUGGC